GCCGCCGCCACCACCGCCGGCCCAUGACUGAGCCCCGCCGCCGCCGGCCGAGGAAUGGGCUCCGGGCUCUGGUAGGAAGCGCUGGGAGCGGGGGGCGCUUUUAAAACACCGAUCUGGGUUUUUUAAAAACCUCCUUUGAAAAAAUAAUGGCAAACUCGACGGGGAAGGCGCCUCCGGACGAGCGGAGAAAGGGACUCGCUUUCCUGGACGAGCUGCGGCAGUUCCACCACAGCAGAGGGUCGCCUUUUAAAAAAAUCCCUGCGGUGGGUGGGAAGGAGCUGGAUCUUCACGGUCUCUACACCAGAGUCACUACUUUAGGCGGAUUCGCGAAGGUUUCUGAGAAGAAUCAGUGGGGAGAAAUUGUUGAAGAGUUCAACUUUCCCAGAAGUUGUUCUAACGCUGCCUUUGCUUUAAAACAGUAUUACUUGCGUUACCUAGAAAAGUACGAAAAAGUUCAUCAUUUUGGGGAGGAUGAUGAUGAGGUACCACCUGGCAAUCCAAAGCCACAGCUUCCUAUUGGUGCAAUUCCAUCUUCCUAUAAUUACCAGCAACACAGUGUGUCAGAUUAUCUGCGUCAAAGUUAUGGGCUAUCUAUGGACUUUAAUUCGCCAAAUGAUUACAAUAAAUUGGUGCUUUCACUAUUAUCUGGACUCCCAAAUGAAGUGGACUUUGCUAUUAAUGUAUGCACUCUCCUAUCAAAUGAAAGCAAGCACGUCAUGCAACUUGAAAAAGACCCCAAAAUCAUCACUUUAUUACUUGCUAAUGCCGGGGUGUUUGACGACACUUUAGGAUCCUUUUCUACUGUAUUUGGAGAAGAAUGGAAAGAGAAGACUGAUAGAGAUUUUGUUAAGUUUUGGAAAGAUAUUGUUGAUGAUAAUGAAGUUCGUGACCUCAUUUCUGACAGAAACAAGUCUCAUGAAGGUACAUCAGGAGAAUGGAUUUGGGAAUCUUUAUUUCAUCCACCUCGAAAACUGGGCAUUAAUGAUAUUGAAGGACAGCGGGUACUUCAGAUUGCAGUGAUUUUGCGAAAUCUUUCCUUUGAGGAGGGCAAUGUUAAGCUCUUGGCAGCUAAUCGUACCUGUCUUCGUUUCCUAUUACUUUCUGCACAUAGUCAUUUUAUUUCUUUAAGGCAAUUAGGCCUUGACACAUUAGGAAAUAUUGCAGCUGAGCUUUUAUUGGACCCUGUUGACUUCAAAACUACUCAUCUGAUGUUUCAUACUGUUACAAAAUGCCUAAUGUCAAGGGAUAGAUUUUUAAAGAUGAGAGGCAUGGAAAUUUUGGGAAAUCUUUGCAAAGCAGAAGAUAAUGGUGUUUUAAUUUGUGAAUAUGUGGAUCAGGAUUCAUACAGAGAGAUCAUUUGUCAUCUCACUUUACCUGAUGUGCUGCUCGUAAUCUCAACACUUGAGGUGCUAUAUAUGCUCACUGAAAUGGGAGAUGUCGCUUGCACAAAAAUUGCAAAAGUAGAAAAGAGCAUAGAUAUGUUAGUGUGUCUGGUUUCUAUGGAUAUUCAGAUGUUUGGCCCUGAUGCACUAGCUGCAGUAAAACUUGUCGAACAUCCGAGUUCCGGUCAUCAAGUUUUAUCUGAAAUUAGGCCACAAGCUGUAGAGCAAGUCCAAACCCAGACCCAUGUAGCAUCUGCCCCAGCUUCCAGAGCAGUUGUAGCACAGCAUGUUGCUCCACCUCCAGGAAUAGUGGAAAUAGAUAGUGAGAAGUUUGCUUGUCAGUGGCUAAAUGCCCAUUUCGAAGUAAAUCCAGAUUGUUCUGUUUCUCGAGCAGAAAUGUAUUCUGAAUACCUCUCAACUUGCAGUAAAUUAGCUCGUGGUGGAAUCCUAACAUCAACUGGAUUUUAUAAAUGUCUUAGAACGGUCUUUCCAAAUCAUACAGUGAAGAGAGUGGAGGAUUCCAGUAACAAUGGUCAAGCACAUAUUCAUGUGGUAGGAGUAAAACGGAGGGCUAUACCACUUCCCAUUCAGAUGUACUAUCAGCAGCAACCAGUUUCCACUCCUGUUGUUCGUGUUGAUUCUGUUCCUGAUGUAUCUCCAACUCCUUCACCUGCAGGAAUCUCUCAUGGAUCACAAACUGUAGGAAACCAUUUUCAGAGGACUUCUGUUACCAACCAAUCUUCAAAUUUGACUGCAACACAAAUGUCUUUUCCAGUACAAGGUGUUCAUACUGUGGCACAGACUGUUUCAAGAAUUCUACCAAAUCCUUCGGUUCAUACCCACCAGCAGCAAAAUGCUCCAGUGACUGUCAUUCAAAAUAAAGCUCCAAUUUCUUGUGAAGUUGUUAAGGCUACUGUAAUCCAGAAUUCUAUGCCCCAGACAGCAGUUCCUGUUAGUAUUGCUGUUGGAGGAGGACCUCCACAGAGUUCUGUGGUUCAGAAUCAUAGUACAGGGCCCCAACCUGUUACAGUUGUGAAUUCUCAGACAUUGCUUCACCAUCCAUCUGUAAUUCCACAACAAUCUUCAUUACACACAGUGGUUCCAGGACAAAUACCUUCAGGCACUCCUGUUACAGUAAUUCAGCAAGCUGUCCCACAGAGUCAUAUAUUUGGCAGAGUACAGAACAUACCACCAUGUACUUCUACAGUGUCACAGGGCCAACCGCUAAUCACAACAUCACCCCAACCUGUGCAAACUUCAUCUCAACAGACAUCAGCUGGAAGUCAGCCACAAGACACUGUUAUCAUAGCACCCCCACAAUAUGUAACAACUUCUGCAUCAAAUAUUGUUUCAGCAACUUCAGUACAGAAUUUUCAGGUAGCUGCAGGACAGAUGGUUACCAUUGCUGGUGUCCCAAGUCCACAACCCUCAAGGGUAGGGUUUCAGAAUAUUGCACCAAAACCUCUCCCUUCUCAGCAAGUUUCAUCAACAGUGGUACAGCAGCCUAUUCAACAACCACAGCAGCCAACCCAACAAAGUGUAGUGAUUGUAAGCCAGCCAGCUCAACAAGGUCAAACUUACGCACCAGCCAUUCACCAAAUUGUUCUUGCUAAUCCAGCCGCUCUUCCUGCUGGUCAAACAGUUCAGCUAACUGGACAACCAAACAUAACUCCAUCUUCUUCACCCUCACCUGUUCCAACUAAUCAAGUCCCUACUGCCAUGUCGUCAUCUUCCACCCCUCAGUCGCAGGGACCACCUCCUACUGUCAGUCAAAUGCUCUCUGUGAAAAGGCAGCAACAGCAGCAGCAUUCACCAGCACCCCCACCACAACAGGUACAAGUUCAGCAGCCACAACAAGUACAGAUGCAAGUUCAACCUCAGCAAACAAAUCCUGGAGUUGGUCAGUCUGCUUCUGGUGAGUCAAGUCUGAUUAAACAGCUGCUGCUCCCAAAGCGUGGUCCUUCAACACCAGGUGGUAAGCUUAUUCUCCCAGCUCCACAGAUCCCUCCCCCUAAUAAUGCAAGAGCUCCUAGUCCUCAGGUGGUCUAUCAGGUGGCCAAUAACCAAGCAGCAGGUUUUGGAGUACAAGGGCAAACUCCAGCUCAGCCCCUCUUGGUUGGGCAACAAAAUGUUCAGUUGGUCCAAAGUGCAAUGCCACCCACAGGGGGAGUACAAACCAUGCCCAUCUCGAAUUUACAAAUAUUGCCAGGCCCAUUGAUCUCAAAUAGCCCAGCAACCAUUUUCCAAGGGACUUCUGGUAACCAGGUAACCAUAACAGUUGUGCCAAAUACAAGUUUUGCAACUGCAACCGUGAGUCAGGGAAAUACAGCUCAGCUUCUUGCUCCAGCAGGAAUUACCAUGAGCGGAACGCAGACAGGAGUUGGACUUCAGGUGCAAGCGCUUCCAUCCACUCAAGUUUCUCCAGCUGGACAAUCAUGUACUGCUGCUACUCCCCCAUUCAAAGGUGACAAAAUAAUUUGCCAAAAGGAGGAGGAAGCAAAGGAAGCAACAGGUUUACAUGUUCAUGAACGUAAAAUUGAAGUCAUGGAGAACCCCUCCUGCCGACGAGGCACCACAAACACCAGCAAUGGGGAUACAAAGGAAAAUGAAAUGCAGGUGGGAAGUCUAUUAAAUGGGAGAAAGUACAGUGACUCAAGUCUACCUCCUUCAAACUCAGGGAAAAUUCAAAGUGAGGCUAAUCAGUGCUCACUAAUUAGUAAUGGGCCAUCAUUAGAAUUAGGUGAGAAUGGAGCAUCUGGAAAACAGAACUCAGAACAAAUGGAUUUGCAGGAUAUCAAAAGUGAUUUGAAAAAACCCCUAGUUAAUGGAAUCUGUGAUUUUGAUAAAGGAGAUGGUUCCCAUUUAAGCAAAAACAUUCCAAAUCACAAAACUUCCAAUCAUGUAGGAAAUGGUGAGAUAUCUCCAGUGGAACCACAAGGGACUUUAGAUGUCACUCAGCAAGAUACUGCCAAAGGUGAUCAAUUAGAAAGAAUUUCUAAUGGACCUGUAUUAACUUUGGGUGGUUCAUCAUCUGUGAGCAGUAUACAGGAGGUUUCAAAUACGGCAACACAGCAAUUUAGUGGUACUGAUUUGCCCAAUGGACCUCUAGUUUCAAGUUUGAAUUCAGAUGUGCCUCAGCAACGCCCAAGUGUGGUUGUCUCACCACAUUCUACAACCUCUGUUAUACAGGGGCAUCAAAUCAUAGCAGUUCCCCACUCAGGAUCAAGAGUGUCCCAUUCUCCAGCCCUAUCAUCUGAUGUUCGGUCUACAAAUGGCACAGCAGAUUGCAAGACUGUAAAGAGGCCAGCAGAGGAUAAUGAUAGGGAAACAGUCACAGGAAUUCCAAAUAAAGUUGGAGUUAGAAUUGUUACAAUCAGUGACCCUAACAAUGCUGGUUGCAGUGCAACAAUGGUUGCUGUGCCAGCAGGAGCAGAUCCAAGCACUGUAGCUAAAGUAGCAAUAGAAAGUGCUGUGCAGCAAAAGCAGCAGCAUCCACCAACAUACAUACAGAAUGUGGUCCCACAGAACACUCCUAUGCCACCUUCACCAGCUGUACCAGUGCAGGGCCAGCCUAACAGUUCUCAGCCUUCUUCAUUCAGUGCAUCCAGUCAACAUGGA